AUGUAAAUUAAGUUCUUAAUAUUUAUCUGCUUAACCGCCUAAUAAUGCAGAUGUGAAUGUUAAUACAAUAAACAUAUACUUAGAGGAUAUUAUAGGAAUAUAAUGCAUUAAAACAGUGGCGUGCUCCUUGAGUAAAGAAACUCGAUAUGGUUACAUCUAAAUUAAGUAUAAGGACUUUUUUUUAGAGAUUCAAUAGAACAGGAUAGAUAUACUAAUUUACAAACAGUUGGUUACACAUCUUGUUUACAGAUUAUGUGUAAAAUAAGAAUAAGCUUACUUCAAAAUUUUGAAAUAAAUACUUUAAGAAUAUGGAUGUGGGAUGGAGAUGUUAGAAGUUAUAAAUUUUCUGUUUACGCUAUAAGUGAGAACAAAGAAAAAUUAAUUUCAAUUUAAAAUGCAGCAUCAGGGGUAACAACAAUAUGUUUUCCUGAUUAGCAUGUGAAAGAAUUUGUAUUAUAUAAUUUAGAGGGAAAUACAAGAAAUAUACAGUUUCACAUUAUCAAGAUAGAAGCAUUUUAUUAGUUCAAAUGA